CGCGUGCGUGUUUCUGCUUUUAUUUUUUGUUUACUGUUUUCUUGCUCGCAAGUUGGCGAUCCCGGCGAUGAGAGAUUCCUCCUCAUCCGGUUUUAUCCCCCGGUUGCCGUUCGCAUUGUCCUAUUGCGUCGCCUUGUUCUCGCGCUCGCCGUGGAGUUUGCGGCGCUUCUUGGCUCGUACCGGCGCUGCCUUUUGGCGUUUCGUGGGGGGCGGGGCUGACGCGCGCGACAAUGCUGCUCAAGAGGGUGGCGGCGGACGACGGCUCCGGCGCCGGCGCCGGCGCCGGCGUAGGGAGGCCACGGCUCUUCGCCAUGCCAAGGCUGCUGGUCGGGCUCGAGGCGCCCAGGUGCGGCGCACCAGACUGCGACUCGCCGAUGACGGCGCGCAGCCCGACGUCGCCGCUCGAUCUCAGGCCCUUCGCCUCGCUGCUCCGCUCGCCGCGCUCACCCAGAACCAGGAGCUGGGAUUCGCACCGCCUUGGCCUCGGCGGCCUCGUCGACGACACGCUCGCCGAACCCGUCGCAUGCGCCAGGAGCCGCCUGCUCGGCCUCGGGCCCCAAGCGCGGCAGCCGUUCAAGCUGCCGCAACGCCUCGCCAAGCCCCUGGCCACCCAGCCGAGGGACUGCUCCCACGCAUCCUCGGAGCUCGGGAAUGUGGGGACCGCUGCCGGCUGCAAGCCGCUGCCGUGCAGCAGGUCCUACGGGGAUGUGAAGUCUGGUCCAGAGGUCACCGUGCCCGGCGGCGCUCCGCCCGGCGCGAGCAGCCACCCUGCCGAUGUUGGCAAGUUCCCCGCGCCGGGGUCCCUGCCGGUGUCCAUCGGCGGCCCGCGCUGGUACAUCGGGUCCGUGUCCGCGACGGAGGUGGAGCAGUCCGAGGACUACACCUGCAUCAUCGCGCACGGUCCUAACCCGAAGACCACUCGCAUCUUCGGGGACUGCAUCUUGGAGCCCUGCACUCCUAGUGUGUCUGACGGUGACGGCAUGGAUGCCAUGGAAGUCAAGGAAGGAGCAGAGUCCUACUGGUUGGUCAAGUGCUUCGAUGCCAGCGAGCCUGGAGAGUUCUUAGACUCCUGCAUCUCUUGCUAGAAGAAGCUGGAUGGCAAUGACCCCUGCGUUUAUCGUGGUGUGAGGGCAUUCUGCCGUGGGAACUGGAGGAAUCAGGAAGUCCUUGCUGAGCAGGAAGACAACAUUCCAGCUGUGUCCUUCAGCUCGGCUGGCUCAUCAUCUUCCUUCAACGAUGAAGUAGUCAUGGCUGAAAUGGUUGUGGUGGCUGCACCAGUUGACGUCCACUACCCUGAAUCUGGCAAACCAGGGUAGCUGAUCAAUAAUGUCAAUUGUCGCAGUUUUCAUCUUCGCCGCCAUCAUUAUUUUGCUGGUUUUGUAAGUUAAGUUCCAGCAUUUGGUAGCAUUGAUCAUUUUAUGAGAAUUGAGGCUCCAUCUAGAAUUUGCUGAGAUGUGAUCUCUCAGCCUUUAGAACGGAGAGCUUCCAUGCCUUAAGCAUUGUAAUUUUGAACCGAGGCUAUUGGCAAUGCAGGUUCCCCAAUUUUCAUCCUCU